CAUUUGAAUAUAAUUGAUUUUUUAUUUAUCAACGACUAGUAUAAAUACAAACAAGCCUACCAUUUAUAUGCAUUGCAUUAUUUGAUUGGUAAUCUUUCAAUUUAAUUCCUUAUACAAAGCGAUUUUAUUGGUGGAACUCAGAAGAACAAAGAAAACCAGAGAAGCUAUGAAUAGUGGGAACGUGUACAACUCGUAUGGAACAUCAUGGGCAGACCAGUGGGAUAAUGGUCCUGAUCCUGUUAUGGCUGGUUCUAAAAACAAGAACAGCACAACAAAAUAUAAGGAAAAAGUUGGGGAAGGUUUAGGUAAGACCAAAGUAGUUGCUUCCAGUGGUGUGAAGAAGAUAAAAGAUGGUACCUCGGUUGGUCUCAACUGGAUCAAGACCAAGUAUUCUAAAGCCACCAACAAACAUUAGCAUACAUCGAAUAUUUGAAAUAUAACUUGUUUGUGUACAUGUCUUUUUGGAUUCAUUUAUUCUUGGUGUGUAUUACUUUUAUAACUGUAGUUUAAUUUUGACAUUUUUUAUAUUUAGGUUUGUUGUACAUCCAUCUUUCAGUCUAAAAUAUCAUGUUUUGUGAACUGGUUUAUCAUGCUAGUAUGUGAUUGAACCAAUACGAAAACGCCCUGUUAAGUUUUUGUG